AGGGAGCUCUUCCUGUUUCAGAAGAAACCGGACAGAUAAAUUAGAGGGGGCGGACGAGCAAGAAAAAGUGUUGGUUUGUUUUUUUAAAGUUCCUUGGAAGACAUAUUUUUGCAACUGCGAGUGUAUAAAAGGUGAAGCUCAUGGCGUUCCAGAGUCAGACAGCAAAACUCACAGAGAGGAGAAAUCCUUCAGUCUGGAGAGGAGAGAUCAGCUUCACUCGUUUUUAUUAUCUGAGACAAACAUGAAGUCUGCUGUGCAGCUCGUCGUUCUUCUGGCCUGCAUCUUCCUCUGCUCCUCAGCGAGAAUUAUUAUGAAAUGCCAGUGUAUAAACACGAUCCCUGCAAUGAGGCGUGAAUUAAUCAAAGACGUGAAGGUGCAUGAACCCAGUCCGGCUUGUAAGAAACGCCAAGUGAUAGUUACCCGGAAUGAUGAUAAAAAGUUCUGUCUCAACCCGGAGACAGAUUUCACCAAAAAACUCCUGCUAGAAAAAGAAAUGAACAACAAGAAACUCUCAACAACAACAACAACAACAACAACUGCAGCUACAACACAACCAGCAACAGCAGCAACUUCAUCUGUCACAAAUCAGUGACGCUUGAGCUGAUAUUUAUUAUGUUUUUGUUUGUUUUAUUGUAUGAAACAUAGUUUGCACCAGAAGCUAAAAGUAAAAUAUUCAUUUUAUUUAACCCCAGAUUAGAGAGUCUCUGUUAGGACUGAAUUACUGGCUAAUCAGCAAAAUGAGACUUUCACAAAAAUCUGUGAAUUUAUACUUUGUUUGAUAUGUACUUUAUUUU